GGGCAUGAGAGGAGGACUCGACUAGUUGCCAGUUUUAACCAUCAUUCUUCAUCUGUCGACAACUCGGCUUUGAUAAAGUCUCAACCACCUCCUCUUCUAUUGUCGGAGAGCGAAAGAAAGAGAAAAGAGACGCACAAUGACCUGCGUAUUACGACCGAGGUUGAAUAACCUCUCCUCAAUAUGGUACACAAUACUCACGACACUUCUACAGAGUUAUCUCCUCUACUUAGGAUUUGAAAGAUAUCGACUGUACAACGAAAUCAAAUGGCCAACCGGAGGAUAUCCUUAUGGCUACCUCAUGGCAUAUGCCACUAUCUACCUAUGCUGCAUUAUUGCAACGUUUCUAUUUUUCACUUGUGGUGUCUUCAAAUCUGGAAACAUCGCCGGUGACAACGAACGACUUGCUGACCGCGAAGAACGAGUACUUGAAGUGUCUCGCAACCAGAACGGAGAAAAAUCUGGAUGUGUUCAUGGGGCCAAGGUUUUAUGGCAACAUCUCCCACCGUUACCACAACAACUACACGUGAUCAUUGCCGUGGCACAGUUGAUUGCUCAACAACUAAUGUUUUCGCAGCUCUUUCGUCAUGGAUUCGUUAAUUCUGGCGACUUCCUUAACACUGAAUUGGACUUUCUGUACCAACGCUCUCGUCAAUUGGCAACUAACCUUCCAAUCGGUGAGACACGACUUCAGGGAUUCCGGAUAACUGCCGACGAAUUGGCCGGACUUCCAGUAUCGCCAAACCUUUUACCCGUUCUGAUGCACAUGAAGCUUUUCGGAAUUCCAUUGGAAAUGGUGAAUCUUUUCAUUGCACUUGUGGCAUUUGCAAUUGCGUACCCAGCAGUCUUCUGGAGAGUUUCCAAGCCAUUUAGUGUGAUCUUCUCACUCCACUUGGUCAUCUACGCGGCACAGGUUAUCUGGGGUUACUUGUCGUUUUCUAUUCUUUUCCGGAUACAAGAAACAAACAUUCAUAGUGUGAGAGCAGUUGGACUAGGGCAGUACCUUGGACCCAUAAAGCCACUGGGAUUCCAUAUUUAUCAUCCAUAUGUCAUUCUUGGUUCUUUCGUGGUCCGUUUGGUAAUGACAACACUUGCUCCGAUGGCAAUGUACUCUUAUGGAUACAACAAGUUAUAUGCAAACGUGCUUAAUGUACAACAUAGAAACGCCGCCAGAACAUCCCAAGGCCAGGCUGAAUAUGGUGAUUAUCGACGACGCUCCUACACAAGAGUCGAUGGAAACAAGUUGUGCUGUGAUGGUUAUUUGCCACAUAUGGAUGCCAUUGCACUUUUAGUCAUUGUUGCUGGAGCGAUUGGUCCUACCAUCUACGCUCUGUUGAUUCUUUAUCAGCAUGAACAAAAAGCAUUAAUACUGACUUGCAUCAUAAUUGACGUCGUCUACAUGUUUUCAUGGAUUCUGAUGUGGCUUGGAAUGACCUUAAAAAGAGAUUGGGAUUUUAAUGUUACGCAUAAAGUUCAUCAGUUCUAUGGAUUGAAUAAAGGAAUGGCAAUUGGACCAAUUCGUGGAAAUGAAAAUCCAUCUCAACUGAAAAACUCUAUUCUUGUUGUUCAUCGUGAUACUAUGUUUGUGACCGAUGACCAAACAGCAAAACAAUCGCUUCUUCGAGCAAUUCACAGUGGAAAGUUUGAAAUGAUAAGUCCACCCGAUGAUGUGUACUGGAGGCAAGGUCAACAAAGUCCUGCAACUCGGGCGAAAAUUCUCACCGAAGUUGACGGCGUUAAGAAUAGUCCUGAAAUGUCUAGAUUGUUGAGAAUGGGCACAGAUGACACGCAACAAACGAUGAGUUAUCACUCAAAUGGUGGUCGUAACAUAACUCAAGCUCAAAUGACCAACUCCCAAAUUUUGCAACGUGGAAACAGCUCACCACCAGGUCCUAGCCAGUUUGGAACCAUACAACGCAACCAACAGCAAUACAGCCAAAUGGGCACACUACAACGCGGGCAAAGUGGCGGAACUCUUCAGCGUGGCGCCAUGAUUCACGACAACGUCUGGAAUCAGUACUCGGCGAUUCAAAAAAAAGACGAGCAGCAGCAACACAUGCUGGGCCAACGGCGAGAUAGUGGAGAGGCCGCAUACGGAAGAGUUGAUAGCACAUACGGAAGUUACGCAAGAAUUCCAAAUGUGUCUCGAAUCCAAGUAACCCCACAAGGAAGUCAAAUUCGUGUAAACGGUUACGGAGGGCUACAACAAAACACACUUCAGAGACGUGAAGUCACACCUACACAACAUUCUCAACAACCAUCAUUAAGCUCAAUCCGCCAGUCUCCACUUUUAUCAGACCGCUCUGGGAUAAACGUGCCUCCGCCACAACCUCUUGUCAGCAGGGAACAGUCUCCUUAUCAACGGUCUGCGAUCAAACUUUCUUCGUUCUCCGAGAACAAGGGUAGUGGAAUAUAUGGAACAAGUGGUAUUGGAUCAGGAAAUAAUGUUCAAUGGGGAGGUGCUCAACGAGCGGCACCUGGGCAACCAGGUCAAUUGCUAUGGAACCCUCCAGGAGCUACAAACGGACACAAUAAGUCAUCGCUAACCAGCACAACAAAUUCAUCUCAAAACGAUGAGCAAUGCUUUACCCCGACUUCAACACUAACAAGUCACGGAAGUAACUACACUCCAACACCUGGAUCUCCACAAGGAUCCAAUCCGAUCUAUUCCCGAAUCAAUGGAGCAUCUUCCACAUCGUCAAAUCUUUACGGAGUUGCUUCCAAAGAAAGUCAAUAUGCUGACAGGACACUUCAAAAAGCACCGAUCAAAUCUACAACAGUGACGACUGGAAAUACAAUACUUCGUUCCGUGAACGGAACAGAUGACACUGUAUCAAGCUUUUCUCGUCCACCCACUGGAGCACUUAACCAAAAUGACUUUGCUACCAGCAUUGUGUGAAUAUUUGUUUUACAUUUUUGGAACCCUACUGAUCCCGAUGAACUAUUCCCCCAAUUAACACAUGAACCAAAUCAACUCCGUGACAAUGCACUUCUUCUCGCCAAACACUUAAACAGUUAACCGCCAAACAAACACAUCAUCCCACUAUAAUUGUUGAAAUUCAUUUUUUAUUUUUCUCUAUAAUUUCGGUCUUGAUUUGCAAAUUGCUGAAAACGGACUGAAUUCUACUGUUUAUGGAACAAUUUCCUCGCCACUUUCUUUGAUUUUCGACCCUUGUAAGUAAGCGCGUAAUAAUUGCCUCCCGCAUUUUUAUGUAUAACUGAUAAUUUCUUCUUACGUUUUUCUACUCCUCCUCCCUUUUUUCAUGUCACCCCACACCAAAAAUCAUCAAAAAUCGUUUCCUUUGUUACUGUACUAUAUUCCCGUUGGAUAUCGGGUACAUUUCUUUGAAUUUCCACAAUUUCUCUGAACAUUUUGUCAUAAUUCGUUUUAUUGUUUGUCAACCCCAUUUGACCACAUUCUUUGUUUCAAUAUUUUCUUUCUCAGAUUUUAUUGAAAUCAAAUUUCAAAAAAAAAAAAUCACUAAUAAAGAGCAAACAAAUUUAAAAGUAUCAAGGAAUA